AUGGCCGUUCCGUUCGGAUUCUCUGCGGGUGAUUUUAUGGCGGCAAUCCACCUGGUUCAUAAGAUCAGUACAGCUUUACGCGAAACGGAUGGUGCGAGCUCGCAGUACAAUCAGACUAUUGGUCAGCUACAAGGCCUUGAGGGACUACUGCGAAGUGUGCAAAGUGCCUAUUCUGCAGAUGUUGAUCCUCAACAGCUCGAAACGUUACAGUUACUUGGACAUCAAUGUUACAUCCCGCUAAACAAGUUUUUCUCAAAGAUCAAAACCAUGGAGCCCAGCCUCAGGAAUCUCGGUACGAAAAGUGAUUUUGUCUUCGACCGGGCUAAAAGAGCUGCAUGCAAGGUAAAAUGGGGUGUUCAAAUUAAAAAAGAGGUAUCAGAGCUUACUGCUGCCAUGGGGUUUUCGAUUAACGCGAUCAACAUGCAAUUACUUCUAAUCAACUUCGAACGGCAAGAGAAAGCUGGAUCUCCACUUGAGACCUCUCUGCAGCCCUUGGACGAUCUCAACUCCGAGAUGACCAGUUUCCAAAACCACCUCGGUGCACGAUUAGACUCUCUUGCUACAACGACAUCUGUGGAAAACAUUGCGCAGACCCUCCGAGACAUGCGCCUAGAAACUGUAAACGAUUGCGAUGCACAAAUGGACACUAUCCGCAAAUACAUGGAGAAUCAUACGGGUCGUUUCGACACGGGUCUCUCGCAGCAGGUAUUAGAAUCGAUCAAACUACUCGAUGCUAAUGUCAAAGAACAUCUAGCUCGAUCAACAAUAAGCACAACCCAGAACACGGCAAUGCCAAGCCCAGUGUUCAGACCGCUCAUACCUGCCGAUCCUAGGUCAUCGUUUCAGGAUAGUACCGCGAUGCAGAGAGUUGAACAUCAACUCGCCGCACAAACCCGCCUACUGCAGCGACUCGAGAAGAGAGAUAUGAAUCCUCAGUCGGCAGACCCACUACCUGGAAUCAAGAGCAACGGUAUGAUACAGAGUGCCCAACAUACCAUCCGGCAAUCUAUCCAGACCAUGCUGAGCUUCUUCGGAGCUGGAGUAAAUGCUCUGUUAAUGAAGCUGUGCAUCGCUCUGCCAGUUAUCCAGCACAUCCUCAGAACUCUGAGAGUACUUCCUCUUCUCAUCUCUAUCCCCAUCUCAGACAGCAUACUGUUUGAAGAUGCUUUGGGUCGCAUAGUACAUCUUCCAUACGUACAUUUUCGACACCAUGCGGUAUUCAUGGCACGCUUGCGAUGCGAAUUUAAGAACGUUCCAGGCGAGCAAAAGGUGCUUCUAGAACAAUUCCGCAUAUUUCGGCGGAAACGUUUCGACGAGUUUCUCACCAAAGAUAACUGGGAUAGUGCUGUCCGUCCAGGCUCCAAGAUAGCCAUGUCGAUUCAACUGGACAGUUACGAUGAUGAAGGCGUCGCAUGUCCUCGAUGCGAAAACAUUAGGACUGACAUGUACACAAAAGACCUUUCCGAAUGCACCGUCUGCGGUUUGAGCUGGACUUUGCAAAAGUUCAACACUCUGGACAUGCUAUCAAACGCAAAGCGCGUCCACAAAGCCACAUCAAGUAAAUUUUUGGAACGAGAUGCGUUCGAAAUAGAGGAAAAUGUGUCUUCUAGCUCAUCAACAUCAUCGCCAAAUUAUGUCGAAGCCGGGUUACCCUCCCUUGUCAACGAAGGUAUCGAAAGCUUCAAGAUGGUCCAUAUCCAGUCACAAAAUGCCAGCGUCCAACCCUAUCAACCUCGUGUCCUCAGAGAUCUCACAGUCGAUUCUGCUCUUCGUAGAAUGAUACAACGAUCUCGUGUCCCCGUUCAGAUGUCAAUAUAUAUGUUCUGGCGCAAAGACUCUCCCCAAAUCUUAAAGAUUGGCUAUACUUCGAACGUCAAGUACCGCGUACAAGCCAUGAAUCGUAGAUGUGGAAUAGAGCAUAUGUUCGACCAGGAGCUAUAUAAAGGGACGAAGAUGGUAGUCCCGUUCGCGUCUCAAGUGGCACAACUUAUAUCUACGGAACUUGAGAAUUACAGGAUGUGUAUAAAAUGUCCCGGCUGUAUUUAUUACCACCAAGAUUUGUUUUGUGUCUCUAAGGGACAUGCCCUCAAGGUUUUCCAGAAAUGGAAAGCCUGGAUAUUGCUGGAACCGUAUAUGCAGACUGACCAUUUAAAGUGGGAGCUCAAACCGUCCUUUCUCGCCAAUAUAAGCGGAAUAUGUCGACCUUUGACAAUGGAAGACUGA